AACAGAUGGAAUAUCUGAACGGCCGAGAAACAACGGAUCCUGAAUUAUAUAUGGUCGUUUGAGGCCGGUUUGCAAAAGAUUGCGUGAAGCGUUAACAAUCUGCAGAUUUCAAGAGAAAUAGACUGCACAAACGUGGAGAGGCAGCAACGGUACUGACCGAACAGUGAGGAACCCAAGAUAUCCGUAAAAAGAAAGUUAAAGCCGCUGGACAGAAAGAUUACCGGGGAUAAGAUAACAUGGCUUCUAGGGACUUAAAAAUUGCUGCAGCAGUGGUGUUUUGUUUUGCGGUGUACACUCUAUUUUGGACCAACCUAAAAGAUUGCAAGUUCUCUCGAGUUCCACAGCUGACUAAUCUUCUAGAUGCAAGACAGUACGACAGUGUCAAAAUUUUCUUACUUUUUAUUGGUUACAACAGAAGUAGACACACCCUGUUAGCUUCUCUGUUAGAUGCUCAUCCAAACAUUAUCGUUGCCAACGACUACAACAUCUUGGGCGAAUGGAUAAAAAACCCUCUGUUGUCUCAGAGAUCAAAAUAUUACAUGUACGAGCUACUUUAUGCAAAAUCUCGUUAUGACGUCAUGUUUGGAGUGCGCUCGCGAUUGGUGGGUGACAGACCAAAACAAUAUCACUAUAACAUCAAGGACCAAUGGCAAGGCAGAUACAAACAUAGCUUACAGGUUGUUGGUGAUAAGAAAGCUGCUCGAGCAUCCAAAAUUGCGCGAGGACCCGAGGGAAUAAAGGCGUUGAGAGACCUCGAGAAAAAACUCGGUGUACAACUAAAGUUCAUUCACGUUGUGAGAAAUCCAUUUGAUAACAUCGCAACUAUGACUCUACGAAGAGCACAAGAGAGAAAAAAGGGACAAGUUAACCUUAAGGUGAACCUCUCAAAUGUACUUGAUGGAAGUAUAAAAAGUUACGGUGAACUCGCUCGAGGAAGUCUUGAAGUCAAGAAAAACUUUCCAGGCCGCGUACUUGACGUAGCAAGCAUUGAUGUGAUGACGUACACUACAGAAAAUUUACGGAAUAUUUGCAACUUCUUAGAAAUCACGUGCACAGAGAAGUACCUGCAAGACUGCGCUGCCAUUGUCGACCCAGUCCCCUCCACCACGCGAAAAAAUGUCGAGUGGAACACUGACCAAAUAAACCGAGUUCGGAGAUUGAUUUCACAAUAUCCAUUCCUUAGACGAUAUUCAUUUUACGAUUGAAUGACACCGAGAACCACUGUACAAAUUGGAUAUGUUUAUGGAUAGAAAUAGAAUAAUUAAAAAAUGUUAGGUAAUAAGCGGGCUAUAAAGGGAAGCAACCUGACUAAAACGUCCCUUAUCUUUUGACUUCUGUAGUGUAAAAUAUACUUAAUGUAAUUAUAUGAUUAAAAUUUUAUAACUCCAAUGACACUUACAUACAUAUGCACGCAACCGUUUCAUAUUGUCCUUCAGUUGCAUUUUGAAAUGAUAUAAUGGUUUCUGGUUCGCCUUAAGCGGCUGCAAUAUGACUGUUACGCUAGCUCUUGCCCUCACUCGAAUCCAUUGUAUCAUAUAUG